UUUUUUUUAUUUUUUAUUUUUUUUUUCUGUUACAAUUUCUUUCAGUUGUAUAUAAAUUAAACCCCAUACGUCUCUGCUUUUCACUUACCAAAGCAUAAUAUCUGAUUUUGUUAUUUGUAGUGAGUGAGUUAGCGACUUCAUUUUAGAGAAGAUGAAUCUUGAUUUGACACCCAAGUUGCCCAAGAAAAUUUAUGCAGGAGAUGCAGGAUCUUACCAUGCAUGGAGUCCAUCAGAGUUGCCUAUGCUGUGUGAAGGGAACAUAGGUGCCUCUAAGCUUGGUCUUGAAAAGAAUGGCCUUGCUCUUCCUUGUUACUCUGAUUCCUCUAAGGUCGCUUAUGUUCUUCAAGGCAAUGGAGUUGCUGGAAUUAUCCUUCCUGAAAAAGAAGAGAAGUGUAUUGCAAUCAAGAAGGGUGAUGCUAUCGCUCUUCCCUUUGGAGUUGUUACUUGGUGGUAUAACAAAGAGGACACUGAGUUGGUAGUUCUUUUCUUGGGUGAUACCUCAAAGGCCCACAAACCUGGUGAAUUCACUGAAUUCUUUUUGGCUGGCCCUAAGGGCAUGUACUCUGGUUUCACAACCGAGUUUGUGAGCCGCGCAUGGGACUUGGAUGAAAAUUCAGUUAAAUCCCUUGUUGGAAAGCAAUCAGGCCAUGGAAUUGUUAAGGUUGGGGCGAAUGUGAAGAUGCCUGAGCCAAAGAAGGAACACCGUGAUGGUAUGGCUCUGAACUGUGAGGAAGCCCCUCUAGACGUUGACAUUAAGGAUGGUGGAAGAGUUGUGUUGUUGAAUACUAAGAACCUUCCUUUAGUUGGUGAGAUUGGGCUGGGGGCUGAUCUGGUUAGGUUGGAUGGAAAAGCCAUGUGCUCUCCAGGUUUUUCUUGUGAUUCAGCUCUGCAGGUGACAUAUGUUGUUAGGGGUAGCGGCCGAGUCCAAGUUGUUGGUGCUGAUGGCAAAAGGGUCUUGGAAACAACUAUCAAGGCUGGUAAUCUGUUCAUAGUUCCAAGGUUCUUUGUUGUUUCAAAGAUUGCUGACCCCGAUGGCUUGGCGUGGUUCUCUAUCAUCACCACUCCUAAUCCCAUAUUCACAAAUUUGGCCGGAAAAACAUCAGUAUUGAAGGCUAUAUCACCUGCAGUGUUAGAGGCAUCUUUCAAUGUGGAACCAGAUUUGGAAAAAGCUCUCCGCUCCAAGAGGAUGUCUGAUGCGGUUUUCUUUCCUCCACCAAACUAAGUGACAUCGCUCCUUGCCUUUGGCUUAGGCUAGUCCAAAAUAAAUCAAUAAAAGUUUAGAGUUUGGACUUUGUUCUUAGGCUAUUACUAGAAAUCGUUUUAAAGUCUUUUUUACUUUCCUUUGUUAUAUGUUUCUCCUUUUUAAAUGGAAAUUGCUUUGCGAGAAUGUGUUUAA